UCACCUUUGGCCCUGGUGGGCAAAAAAUACGAGGGCGCCGGGAACUCAACCUUCGCAGGCCGUGAAGGGCCAGUUGGGCAGUUGAUCUCCCUACGUGAUACGCUACGACGAACCGCUGCCCAGCAGAUCCUCUCGCCAGAGACCACAAAUAUGAACGGAGAUUCCAGCAACCCAGAUCAGAUGGUUGAGGACGGCUACGUCCAUACAACACCAGAAUCACCGCCUUCUGAGAUGAACCUACCGCAAUUAAGUGCACUCAUGUCCUACUUGUCAGUGCAGGACAUCAGAGAGAUGCAGACCCAAAGCGCAUGCCAUUGUUCCAACAGUCAACCGCAACAUUCAAGUCUUCCAAAUCCCCUUAGCAAAGUACAAAAUCGUCAACCACAAAUUUCGAAUUGCAGCAGGCGAUACGACAAGUAUCUUCAGAAGAUAAAUAAACUACGACAAAAGUGCGGUUUAGAGCCACUAAAGUCCUCUUCGACGAAGUCGAAAUCCGCAGAAAAGAAGACACGCAACACGACAAACAAGACAUCUCAUCAGAAAACCGGACAUACUUCGAAUCACACCCCUUCGCUGAAUCAUCUGAAUCAGGCGUUCAACUGUGCUGUCAGUCUCCAUGAUCCCCUUUCUAAACUGCGCAACCACCAAUCAAGGAUUUCGAACUGCAGAAUGCAGUUCAACAAUAUACGCCUCCAGUUAAAAGAAUUAAAAAAGAUGCGCUCCUUCGAUUCCCCAAAGUCGUCGAAGGGGCUAAACGUUGGACAAAUGACAACGCGGGCCACGGGAGAUGAAACGUCACACCAGUUAGUUUCGCAUUGUGACGAUCAUACUAAUGUGAAUCUCCCUGUCUCAUCCAACCUGGAAGAGAAGUGCUCCUGUACUUUACAGUCUUUUAGAGAUGGAGAAACCCAUUCAUGCAAGCAUCAACCGUUGCACUCAAGUCUCCCUGAUCCGGUUCCUAGAGAACACAGUCGCCCAAAAAGGGUUGUGAACUGCAAAUUGCGAUACAACAAACUUCUCUACCAUCUGAAACAACUACGAAAGUUGCAGCCCGUAGUUGCUCCGUCGGCCGGCUCGCAGGAGUCGAAAUUCGGAGACAAGAUGACUCGGGAGAUGGGAGACGAAACGCCGCACCAGUCGGCUUCGCCGCGUGGCGAAAGAAAUAUUAAUCCUCUCCCAUCCAUUCAGGAAGAGAUGCGCUCAGAGACCCUUUCAGGAGAAUCCUAUUCAUGCAGUCAAAUGUUGCAUCCCAUUCUUCCUGAUCCCCUUCCUGAAAUGCAGAGCCACCAACCGAAGACUCCUAUGGCCGGGAGGGUACCAGACCAAAUGAGCUGCGUGAUAAAUGAUCUGGAUAAAAUGAGUCUCUAA